GUUCCCAUUGUAUCCCUUCGACUCGGCAAGUUCGGCGGCCAUUUAGUCGCCGCUAGGGACGUUCACCACUCCGAAACAUCCGCUGUUCGGUUCUCGAUUCUUUCAUCAGACAUCACAGAAGAGAUGCCAUAGAGUUAGAGAGGACUUGGCCAGAAUAAGGUUCGGGGAUUUUUUGCGCUGCCGUCCCUUGCAUCCAACAAGCGAAGGAAGGAUGCAUGGUCAGAUAAAGAAAUGCCGAGUGACUUAUUCCCUCGAAGGAUCAAACCACAUUUGGCUUCGGGUUACGUAUGGUGGCCAUUAGGGUUAGAAACCGAGGUCUCCAAUCUUCGAAACUAUGUCGCAAUAAAGCUUUGAACUAGCGAUCUACUUAAUAUGACAUGAGCCCUUCGCAUACCACCUGGCUUCCAAGCGGCAAGAAAACACGGAAGGAACCACCAACAAAGUCAACACGGAGAGUACCAACUUGACCAUAAGUUAACACGGGGAGUACCAACUUGACCAUAAGUCAACACGGAGAGUACCAGCUUGACCACCUUGUCCUGAGAACAGUCUUCGACGAUGGCAUCGUUUCGCCAAAUAGGCACUCAGUUCUUCCCUCCGAAGCCGACCUUCACUGAGAAGAAUGUGCCCUUGCAAAGAGGCAAGGUCUUUGUUGUGACCGGGGGAAACUCGGGCGUCGGGUUUGAGCUGUGCAAGAUGCUUUACGGCACUGGAGCAACAAUCUACAUGGCAUCGAGGUCAGAGGAGCGCGCCUCACAGGCUAUCAAAAGCAUUACCGAUGCAUCUCCAGCCCCAGAAACCCCUGGGGCGAUGAAAUUCCUCCUCUUAGACCUCAACGAUCUCUCCUCGGUCAAAUCCGCCGCCGUAACAUUCGCCCAAACCGAGGAUAAACUCGAUAUCCUCUGGAACAACGCCGGCACGGGCGCGAAUGUUGUCCAGCCUGGCGCGCGCACCGCACAGGAAUUUGAAGCUAUGGUCGGCAUGCACUGCAUUGCAACACUACUAUUUACGCAGCUCCUCCUCCCCCAACUCCGCGCCGCCGUCUCGGCUUCCUCAACCACUCCCGGCUCCGUCCGCGUAGUGUGGACAUCGAGUCUUUUGGUGGAGACUGGAGCGCCGCCGAAUGGGAUCGAGUUUGAGAAUCUAACGACGGGAACGGCGGAUCGAGUGCGCAACUAUACUGUGAGCAAGGCGGGGAGCUGGAUGCUGGGACGCGAGAUGGCUCGGAGGUGGGGAGAGAUGGGCAUCGUGAGCGUGACCCAGAACCCGGGAAAUCUACGCGCACACUCGUAUGAUGGGACACCCGCGUAUAAGAUGUUCUUCAUCAAGCCUAUGCUGUACGAGCCGCAGUUUGGGGGGUAUACGGAGCUAUUUGCUGGGCUGUCGCCUGAAGUGACGUUGGAGCUGAAUGGGGCGUACAUUAUUCCCUGGGGCAGGAUACGGGAAGAUCAGGAUUGCUCAAGGAAAGACAUUGUGAAGGCUAUAACGCCGAAGGAAGAGGGUGGUUUGGGGUAUGACUGUCGGUUCUGGGAGUGGUGCGAGGAGCAAUGGAGGCCGUUUGUGUAGAUAUCCACGCUCAUUGGCCAGCACCAUACGUAAACCGAAGCCAAAUGUAGUUGCAUUCUUCGAGGGAAGGAGUCGCUUCACAUUUCUUUGUCUGGGUCGUGAAUCCUUCUCUCGCUGGAUACACGACACUCGGCCGACGGACGAAGGUUACCCCGAGUAGGAGCUGGUUCACAGCACCAUAAUCAAAACGAUUCCACGUGGCCAUGUGGUAUUUUCAAAUUUCAACAUUUCACGUGCUCGGUGACUGACGAUCACAUACGAAAUGCAGGUGUUAUCAUGCCUUCAUGCCAUGCUUAUAGAGCCCAAUAUCUAAAGCAGCGCCUGUGAAAGAUCUUGGCAAGCCAUUCAGCUUUCAGCAAUCCAACAACUCAUCCACACCCAUGGGUCGUAUAAGCUUAAUUCCGCUGAGACACGCUUUCUAGCACUAGUUUAAAAAAGAUCGUAUAAGCUGUUGUACUCACAAGCCAG